GAAGGAGUACUUCCGAUUGAAGGUAGACAUAAUAACUCCAGCUCUUUAUUUACUAAAAGUGUUACUUUCACCAUUUUUGCACCAAAAUUUGGGUAUUUUUAAAAAAAUGGCGCUGGAAUUUUAGUCUUCCCACAAUGCAUCAUUUUCAGGAGCAUUACUUGUUUUCAUUUUUUCAAACCAUUACUAACCGUUUUAUAUAUUUUUAUUCUUAUUCAUGCAAGUUAUACAGAACACCAUAGCAUUGUGGUAUAAUAAUCAUAAUGAAUAGACUAGCAGUUAUUUGAAAUAAAGCCUAAUUUGAAAGUCAAGAAAAUAAUGCUCCCAGCAUCCAAAAAGGAUGGCACUUUUCAUCAGAUCUGUGAGCAGAAAGUGUCUGCUAACAACGAGGCCUGAGACGAAUAUUGUAUCUUGUUGCUACAACUCAAAUCGUGCCAGCGUAACACGCAUCCAUCGCUAUCUUUAUCCUCGUAUGUACCCAACUGUCCUUGUCCAGUCAGAUGGUUCAACAAUAACUGUCCGGUACAAGGAGCCAAGAAAAAUUAUCCAGUUGCCAUUGGACCUAUCCAAGCUGACAGAGGCUGAGAGAGUUGCACGAGUAAAUAGACGUAAACCUAAGAAAAAACUCAUCAUAGACCAAGAAAUUGACACUAGCUUCGAUGCCAAUAAAUACCUUAAUCUAGGAAAAUCAAAGAAGUAAAGAAAACAUUGAUACUGAAGACCUUCUUUUAUAACUUAACCUAAACUCUAAUUUGUGAACAAUUACCUAUAACUGAUAUGAAAACUAUCAAAAUGGCGACUAAUGACUUAAAAGUUCCACCAAAAAUAAAGUGCAUCUUAUUUAGCGAGUUCCACCCCAUAACGGGCCCUAAGAUCACAUAUCAGGUGCCGCAGGAUUAUAUUACAAAGGAAGAAUUUGA